AUGAACUGGUGUGGGUUCUGUGUUGCCUUUGCUAUUGUGGGAAUGUUGGGGAAGAAAAUGCUUUUGGAGCGGUUGCUACAGAUUGAACCUGCAUUUUCCAUGCUAAUCUUGGAUCCCUCUUCUGACUCCCCAUUGUUCUCUGCAAGAUACCCAUUGUCCUUCGUCGGGAUUUGUUACUUGAAGUCUAUUGUAAAGAUUGUAUGGACUGUUGUUUUGUCUACCAUUUUCUUUACAGCAAG